UGCUGUUUCUGUUUGCAGAGCGACGAACGUCACACAGCAGAUGGUUGUUGACUCAACUCCUGUUUGUCCUCUGCGGCUUCCCAUAAGGAAAACUUAGACGCAAACAUGUCAUGUAUUUGAUAUUGAUCAGGAAAAACCAGUCAGUCCUCGGAGACAAACUGUUUCUUCCCGUUGAAUCUGGUUCAUUUGUUCCAAUCAGGUCUUUGAUGACAUGAAGCUGGAAAAUGUUGAGCUGCUCCGUCUUUCUGCUGAAUCUGCUGUUUCUGUGGCUGAAGGCCGUUUGGUCUGCAGACGUCGAUGUUUCCUGUGUCUACAUGGAGAGCUGCGUCCUGCCGUGUCGCUUCCACAGCAGCAGAGAGAUCCACAUCCACUGGGCUCAGCUGAAAGCCCGGCCGGUUCCGGUCCGCUCAUUUCACAGCGAUCAGAGUGAGCCGGGUCAGCAGGACCAGCCGGGUCAGCAGGACCAGCCGGGUCAGCAGGACCAGCGCUUCAGAGGCAGAGCGUCUCUCUUCUGGGAUCAGAUCUCCAGAGGAAACGCCUCUCUGCUGCUCAGAGGGGUCAGAGUUCAGGACGAGGGGCGAUAUGAGUGCUUCACCAGCAGCUCUGCUGCUAACAGUCACUCAUUCAUCAACCUGAUGGUGGACGGUAGGAGAAACACUCACUGCUGCAGGAAACAUUUACAGAUCCUCACUUUUCUCUUUCCUUUUUUCUCGCAGCUCCGGUGACUGAACUGAAAAUGGAAGCGAUGGG